AUGUUUGUCCGUCAUUCAUCUUGUCCGUCCGCCAUUCAUCGUUUGCCAACACUGCAGACGAACAUCAGCAUAACAUUCAUCGUGUUCGUCCCUAUUUCUUUGAGGUUUACUAUAGAAAACUACGACCAUUAUGAUUCCAACGACGUUCGAUGUCGUGAUAGUGAUACAUCUGAUGCUAAAUCAGACUAUGCUCUGGAUGACAACAAUUCGGUAUCUAGUGCGUUCCAAAGUUCAGAUGAUGGUGAUGGCGAUGAUAAUAGUCACAACACAGAUUCUAUUGAAACAAAUGCAGUUGUAGGUGAUAGAAAAGUGAAUAUUAAUGUCCUUACUGCUGAUGAAAUUCGUGCUAUGGAAUUCAGUACAGUUGAUGAAGCUAAUGAAUUUUAUUUUAAGUAUGGUAAAUGUAAAGGGUUUUCCAUUAGGAAAAGUGAUGUUAGGACAAAAGGGACUAACAGUGGUGAUCUACCGUUUUAA